UAGAUUUGGAGGAAAGAGAAAUGGAAUUGCAACUGCAAAUCAGAAAUCAGUUGGAAAAAGAAAAAAGUGAUAAACUGGCAAUGGAAGAACAGAGAAAUGAAUUGGAAACAGAAAUAAGUAAAAUAAACCAACAAAAAGUAGAGGUUGAAUAUGAGAGAGAAAACCUAAUGAAGUGUUGGAAAGAACUUGAGACUCUUAAAGAACAAAUACUAAAAGAGAGGCAUGAAAUGGAGGAAAUAAAAACCAAACUACAAACAGAGAAACUGCUCCUUGACCAAAAGGAGAUAGAAAUAUAUGAAAAAAUGCAAUUUCUGGAGGACAGUUCAAAAGAAAUAAAAAGUGAAAGAACAAGUCUGGAAAAGAUGAAUUUGAAACUUGAUUUGCAGAUACAAGAAAUGGAAAACAUUGUCAGGGACAAGAUGAACAAAGAGAGAGAAGAUCUUGAUCAGUCAAUGAAAGAAAUUAUCUUGCAGAAGCAAGAUCUUGAAGAACAAAUGUCCAUAAACAACAAUCUGAAAAAUGAACUAGAAGAAAUGCAGGUAAAGCUGAAUGUGGAACAAGAAGCCAUCAGUUUUGAAAAGCAAGAGAUACAGAAUGAGAAGAACAAGUUUGAACAAUUAAAAGCAUCCAUGCAGAGCGAAAUGCAGGACAUGAAGAAUGCUUUAGAAAAAGCCAUGAUAGAAAAAGAAAAUCUGGAUGAAAUUAAGACAAGAUUAGCACAGGAAAAAGAACAAUGUAGGAUGAUUGUUGAAGAAACAAACCAGCAGAAGAAUGCCUUGAAGAAGAUGUCUGCUGAAAUAGAAAUGCAAAAGCAAGUCAAUGAGACAUACAAAGCUCUUCUUGAACAAGAGAAAAAUGAGCUUGAAAAGAAAAAGUUGGAUUUGGAGGAAAGAGAAAUGGAAUUGCAACUGCAAAUCAGAAGUCAGUUGGAAAAAGAAAAAGUGACAAACUGGCAAUGGAAGAACAGCGAAACACAUUGGGAAAAAAAAGGAGUAAAAUCAACCAACAAAUAGAUGAGAUUGAAAAUGAGAGAGAAAAGCUACUGAAGAGUUGGAAAGAACUUGACAAACUUAAAGAACAGAUAGAAAGAGAGAAGAAUAAAAUAGAAGAAUUGAAAACCAAUGUGUUAAAAGACAAACUGCUUCUUGAGCAAAAGGAAACAGUAAUUAAUCAACAAAACCUAAUUUUGGGUCAACGUUUGAAUAAAAUAGAAAGCGAUAGAACACGUCUGGAAGAUAUGAAUUUAAAACUUGAUUUGCAGAAGCAUGAUAUUGAGGAAAGCAAAGCCAUUCUCGAGAAAGAGAAAAAUGAUCUCGAAAUUAACAAGAUGCAUUUGGAGGAAAGAGAGAAGGAAUUGCAACUGCAGAUACAAGAAAUGGGAAAU